AUGGAAGACAGGGUCACGUACGCCGAUCUGCGCUUGCCCCCCACACCAGCUCCUCAGCAGUCGAUGCGGCUGGCCCGGUGUACCUGCUUGCGCCUGGAUCUCUCCGGCUGGGGUCUUGGGGUUGGGAUUGGCACCACGGAGCCCGUGUACCGACAGACAGAGCUGCAGCUUGCCCACAGAGCUGGGCCCUCCUGCUUGGGGUCAAGGGCAAGCAGGAAAAUUGAUGUAGGACAACAGGUGAGCUGCACCCGUGACUCUGGGAGCAUGGAAGAGAGCCCCAGCUAUGGGCAACAGCCAUUGCAAGAGGGAUGCCAGUUCUGCCCGGCCGGCUGGCUCUGGGAUGCGGGGCAAUGCUACUACUUCUCUUCUGCCAAAAAGAGCUGGGAGCAAAGCAAAGAGGACUGCUGCUCCAGAGGGGCACAGCUGGUCACCAUCCGAGCCAACACCACUCUGACUUUCCUGGUGCGCACAGCCAACAUGGAGGUCUUCCACGUGGGGCUGAAGCGGGAUGGCUCCAGGUCUGACUGGAAGUGGCUGGAUGGCACCGCACUGAAGGGGCUCUUCCCAAUCCAGCGCUCCACUAGCUCCUUCCUGGCCUGUGGCAGGGUGUCAGGCUCGGGGCUGUCCGGUGGUCUGUGCAGGGAAGCCCUUGGAUGGGUCUGUGAGCAGAGUGCAGCCACUCUGCAGUGGCUCCGGUCCUCGCCCCCCGCCUUCCUCUGGAGAAACACCACUUACACCUGUGUUGGGCCCUGGUGA